AAUUGAUUUCGCAUUCAUUAACAAUUAAUUCCCUAUCAAUUCAGCCCAGCGCCGCCGACAGAUCAAUUAAUCGCAAUAAUACCCGGCGUCUGACCAAAGUUUCACAAUGCCGGCAGCAAAACCUGAGGAAAGAGGCGAUUCCUCAACGUCAGCUGCGAAAAAGGCACUCACAGGCGCUUCUAAUGGAAAUGUGACCUACGAACUGCCUUGGGUAGAAAAGUAUAGACCGGUAUUCCUCGACGAUGUAGUCGGAAACACAGAGACGAUCGAACGAUUAAAGAUCAUCGCAAAAGAUGGCAACAUGCCCCACGUCAUCAUAUCCGGUAUGCCAGGUAUCGGAAAGACCACUAGCGUACUAUGCCUUGCUCGACAACUACUCGGGGACGCUUAUAAGGAAGCUGUUCUGGAACUUAAUGCCAGUGACGAGCGAGGUAUCGACGUAGUCCGCAACCGAAUCAAAGGCUUUGCGCAGAAAAAAGUCACACUCCCAGCCGGUCGCCACAAAAUCGUAAUCCUCGACGAAGCCGACAGCAUGACAUCAGGCGCGCAACAAGCACUUCGUCGCACGAUGGAAAUCUACUCGAACACGACACGCUUCGCUUUCGCAUGCAAUCAGUCCAACAAGAUCAUCGAGCCCCUCCAAUCACGAUGCGCCAUCCUACGCUACGGAAGAUUAACCGAUGCGCAAGUCGUCAAACGACUUUUACAGAUUAUCGAAGCCGAGAAAGUGCAAUACACAGACGACGGCCUAGCGGCGCUGGUAUUCAGCGCUGAGGGUGAUAUGCGACAAGCUAUCAACAAUUUACAAAGCACAUUCGCUGGUUUCGGUAUUGUUACCGGAGACAAUGUGUUUAAAGUUGUGGAUAGCCCGCACCCGAUCAAGGUCCAGGCUAUGCUUAAGGCCUGCCAUGAGGGCAAUGUGGAUAGUGCGCUGGAUUCCCUGCGUGAGUUGUGGGAUUUGGGGUACUCGAGCCAUGAUAUUAUUAGCACGAUGUUUAAAGUCACGAAAACUAUUCCGACGUUGAGCGAACACUCAAAGCUGGAGUUUAUCCGCGAAAUUGGGUUUACGCAUAUGAAGAUCCUGGAGGGUGUGCAGACUCUGCUGCAGUUGAGUGGGUGUGUGGCGAGGUUGUGCAAGAUCGGCAUGGAUCCGAAGCGUUUUGAGGUCAAGAGCAAAUAGAUAGCGGGUCUCAAUAUAUAUUGAGGUUGGGGGAUGAGUGCGAUGUAGGGCUGGUGAAAAUGACUUUGAGAUAUUGGCAUGGCAUG